AUGAAUUUAAAGUUUCUUUUUGCAACUUUAGCUCUGACUUUAGUAAUUGCAGAAAAAACAGUAACAGAAACACAAUAUGUUGAUAGUCCAUGUAUAAAAUAUUUAGCACAAAGUUUAUUACCAGGUAAUCCUGAAGGUCUAACUAGUGGUAUACCCAUUGUAUUUGUUCAUGAACCAAAUACACUUGCUGGUAAUGCAAAAAAACCAAAACAUACAGUCACUUCAAUAAUAACUCAAACAAAUACUCAUAUAGUUUAUAAAACAGUUUUACCAACUGCAAAAAUAAUUAAAACUGAAAAUCAACAACAACCAGUAGCGACAACCUAUACUAUUACCACUCAAUCAACUUCAUUACAAACUUCAAAAACUUGUUCAAAUAAUCAAUGUAUAACUUCAUCUUGGGUUGUAACUAUUCCUCGUACAUACACAAUUACCGGUCAAGCAACUUUAGCAACUGUAAGUUUAUCUGAAGGUAAUCAAGCAGGGGCAACAACCAUUAAUGGGGUAACAAGUAGAUCAAGCAGUGUAGCUGCUAAUGCUGGUAGUGCCACAAGUCCUUCAAGAACAUUAUCAAAUUCAAUACCAACAACAAGUGUUGCUACUGGUGUUACCACAACUUCAACGAUUUUUACUGCUAGUUCAACUCCAGAAAGCACUUAUAUAGAAUCAACUUCAUUUGAAUCAGUACCAACAACAAGAUCAGCUCCAGUUACUUCGCAAUCAAUCGUUUCAGAAAGUAGAUCAGUUACUAUUGAUCCUUCUUCAAUUACUGAUGGUAUUACAUUAUCAACAAGUUCAAUCUCAACUUUUACAGCAAAUGAAAAUUCAACAUUAUCUAAUCCAACAGCUAUCGCACCAGGAGCAAUAAGUGUAACUAGCUCAGUAUUGAGUACCGCUAAUUCAGCUGCAAGUAGUGAUGAUGACGAUAAUGAAACUUCCUUUAGUGUUUCCACUGGUUUCACAUUAUCAACUAUUUUAAUUACUUCAUCGACUUUAGCCCCUUACACAAAUACCUCAAGUUUUUCAUUAUCAACUUUUGAAACUGUUUCAACUAUUUUACAAACAAGUUCAAUACCAGUUCCAAGAAGUUCUGAAGAAUCAGCAUGGGAAAGUGAAACCGAAACUGCAUCUGAAUCAGCAUCUGAAUCAGCAUCUGAAUCAAUUUAUGAAUCAUCAUCUAGUUUGUUAAGCUCUUCAAGUUCUUCAAGUUCUUCUAGUUUAUCAACUACUUCAACUGAAUCAAGCACCACUUCUUCUGCUUUACCAACCAUAGGAGCUGAAGAUGAAAUUUGUUAUUCAGGGGAUUUAUUCGCUGCUAUUGAUACAAGUGCACCACCAAGUGUUUUCUCAAGACAACAAUUACCAUUAUCAAUUCCAGCUGGUGUUAAUAAUAAUGGUUUACCAAUUCAAACAAAUAAAUUUUAUGCUAAUUUAUUCCUUGCUAAUCAAGAUUUGAUGGUUUAUACUUAUCCAUAUGGUAUAUAUUGGAGUAAAGUAAAUUAUUAUGGUUUUGGUGUUCAACAUACAAAUGUUGCAAAUAGAGUUUUUGGUUCAAUCAAUACAAAUAAUGUUGGUGUUCCAUCAUAUUAUUUCAAUCCAACUAAUAAUGGUGAACUUAUUUUAUCAGCAACUACUUUUGAUAAUUCAAUUGAUAUGGGAGUCACCGAUAUGACUGAAAUGGGAGUUAAAGUAACAUUAUCAAAAGGUAAUGAUGAUAUUAAUAAUGUUGAAAUUCCAAUUGUUCAAGGUAUGGGUUUUGUUACCGCUAUUUAUAACGGUAAUUUAGUAGCUGAAUUGAAUUCAUUAUAUGGAGUUGGUAGUUUACUUCUCGAAGAAUCAAGUGCUUUAUUACCAAACGUAUUAAAAUAUCGUGCUACUUUAUUUAAUGAUGUUGAAUGGUUAAUUUAUGUUACAUUACCAACUGCUGAUCCAGAUUUCGACUUAACUGUCGAAGAUCCAUACCAUAUAAAAGCAACUAAAUCAAUUGAUGGUUUAAUUGUUCAAAUUGCUGUUGCUCCAGAAGUAACUGGUGAUCCAUUUUAUGAUGCUGCAGCUGGUAUGUACGUUACUGAUGCUCACUUCCAAGGUUCAGUUGUUUGUUCAGAAUCUGCUUCAUAUGAAUUUGUCUAUGACACUAAAGGUACUUCAUCAAGUGGAAAUCCAAUUAUUUUUGCUUUACCUCAUCAUCUUAGUUCAUUAACUUCAUCUGGUGCAACAGGUAUUAAAGUCGCAUCUCAAACUAAAGGUGAUAUGACUGGGUUCUUAACUAAUACUUUAUCAUUCUCAGAAACCAUCGAUAAGAAAAUUCAAUUUUUACCAUAUAUUGAUGGAGCUUCAGCAAUCAGUUAUUCAGCAGAACAAUUAACUUUAUUAGCAAGAUCUGCAAAUGAUGAAUUAGCAGCAAACAUUGCUUUGACUGUUAAAAAUAUGAACUCAAAUUAUUUCUCAGGUAAAGUUAUUGAUAAAUAUGCACAAAUUUUAUUAGUUGUUAGUGAAAUUAUUCAAGAUGAUGAUGUCACUGAAAGUACUUUAGAUGAUUUGAAAGAAGCAUUUGAAACUUUCAUUAAUAAUGAACAAUAUUAUCCAUUAAUGUAUGAUACAAAAUUCGGUGGUGUUACUUCAACAGCAGCACAAAACGGUGAUGAUGGAGCAGAUUAUGGAAGUGCUUAUUAUAAUGAUCAUCAUUUCCAUUAUGGUUAUUUUGUUCAUGCAGCAGCAGUUGUUGGAUUAAUUGAUAAAAAAUUAAAUGGUACAUGGGCUGAAGAUAAUAAAGCAUGGGUAAAUUCAUUAGUUAGAGAUGUUGCAAAUCCAUCAAGACAAGAUUCUUAUUUCCCAGUAUCAAGACUGUUUUCAUGGUAUGAUGGACAUAGUUGGGCAGCAGGAUUAUAUGCAAGUAAUGAUGGUAAAAAUCAAGAAUCAAGUUCUGAAGAUAUUCAUUUUGCCUAUGGUAUGAAAUUAUGGGGUAAAGUUGUUGGAGAUUAUUCAAUGGAAGCAAGGGGUGGAUUAAUGUUAUCAAUUAUGAAUAAAGCUUUUAAUAUGUAUUUCUAUUAUAAAUCAGAUAAUACAGUUCAACCAGCUGAAUUUUUACCUAAUAAAGUUAGUGGUAUUUUCUUUGAGAAUAAAGUUGAUUAUACUACUUAUUUUGGUACUCCAGCAGAUCAUCCAGAAUAUGUUCAUGGUAUUCAUAUGUUACCAAUCACUGCCGCAUCAUCAUCAAUUAGAAUCCCAUCAUAUGUUCAAGAAGAAUGGAAUGAACAAGUUUCAACUUUCAUUGGUAAUGUUAAUGAUGGUUGGUUAGGUAUAUUAAGACUUAAUCAAGCUAUAAUAGAUCCAAAAGAUUCUUAUGACUUCUUUAGUUCAGAUAGUUGGACUAAUAAUUAUUUGGAUAAUGGACAGAGUAGAACUUGGAGUUUAGCCUUUUCUGGUGCAUUCAAUUAG